CGUUUAAUUUUCACUGACAAUGACUCCUUGACAGCUCCCGGCACCGCCCCGCCAGCAAAAUCGCAGCUCCCCGGUCUAGAAGAUUCGAAGUUUUUGCUGAACCGGCUGGUCUAUACGUUAAAGCUACUGGUUUUUCAGUUUUUCUGCACUGUCAUCACCAUCGCAGAGACAAAAUGCCGCCGAAGAAGAACAAGCAGAAGCCGAAAGCCAACUCAGCUUCAUCGUCAAAAGCAAAGUCGCAGUCCUCCUCAUCCGGUCCGAGGCUGCAAAUUUCGGCCGAGAACGAGAACCGCCUCCGCCGCCUCUUGCUCAACUCUGGCAGGUCCACGCCAUCUCUUCCUGCGACGGACGAUGUCCUGACCAAGGCUCAGAAGGCGAAGAAGCUCAAAGCUGUUUAUGAGAAGCUCUCUUGUGAAGGUUUCGGUAAUGAUCAGAUUGAGCUUGCUCUUUCCACUCUCAAGGAAGGUGCUACAUUCGAGUCUGCGCUUGAUUGGUUAUGCUUGAAUUUGCCAGGGAAUGAGCUUCCAUUGAAGUUUUCUUCUGGAACCUCGUUGCUAAUGAAGCAAGAAGUCGAGAAUUUUUCUGUUAUUGUCAAGAGACAGUGGGAUGAUGAUACUUUAGAUUCUCGCCAGCCAUCUCAAGCAGAUUGGAUCAGGCAAUAUGUGGAGCAAGAGGAAUCUGUAGU